AUGUUCAAAAUCUAUCGAACAAUUCCUUUCUUCUUCUUGAGAUCACGUUUCCAGUUCUCCAUUACAUCCUUUUCAUCCUCCUCAUCGUCUACAAAAAUCACAGAAAUCGUAUCUACAAAUCCCUUUUUAAAUUACCUAAUCGAUUCUCUCGGAUUCCAUGAAGACGACGCCAUUGCUGUUUAUUCAGAGGUACCUCAUCUCAAAUCCACAGCCAAUUCUAAUUUAGUUGUUAACAUCUUCAAAGAAUACGGCUUAAACAACGUCCAGAUCAGAGACAUCGUCUCAAUGGCUCCCAGAAUUCUUACAGUCAAACCUAACAAAACCCUAGAACCGAAACUAAAGGUUUUCACGGAACUAGGGUUACUAGGGCCGGAUCUCGUGAAGCUGGUUAAGAGGAAUCCUCUUAUUUUCUCCAGGGGAUUACAUACUCAAAUCAUUCCUACUGUUGAUUAUCUUCGAAAUUUACUCGGAUGUGAUGAGAAAGUGGUUAAAAUGAUUAAUAGAUCAAAGUGGAUGCUGUUACCCAACUCGUCUCUCAGAAGAAUAUCGGCAAAUAUAUCAUUACUGAAACAAUACGGUCUAUCCGAUGAGAAAAUCUUGAAGCUUUUAGUCACUGAUCCUCAGCGUAUGAAGCAGACACCAGAAUUGAUUGAAAGCAAGCUGCAAUAUCUUGAACAAAAAUUAGGUAUUUCUCGUGAUUCACCUCUAUUGAUUCAUGCAUUGGUUGCUGUUAUGUAUCGUAGUGAAUCAGAAAUUGAGACGAAUCUACAAGUUUUUAGGAGAUUUGGUUGGUCUGAUUUGGAAAUAGGUAGAUUGCUCAAGUCUCAACCUUACUGUUUGAACAAAUCAGAAGCUUACAUUGUUGAUAAAUUGAACUAUUUCAUGAAGGAACUUAAUUAUACUCCAUCGUACUUGAUGGGUUCCACAUCUUUCUGGACAUUGAGUUUAGAGAAACGAAUGAAACCAAGGAUUGAAAUUAUCAAAAUCUUGAAAAAGAAGGAACUGGUGAAAGAGUCAUUGUCUCUUAGUACACUUGUUAACUAUUCUGAGUCGAAGUUUCUUGGUUUCUUGAAGAACUUUGAGAGUCACAUACCUGGUUUAUGUGAAAUAUAUAAGAAUAGAUUGAAGAAUUCAAAAGUAGUUGAAUGA